GUCACAUAGCUCCAUUGGCGAGUUCAUGAUAAGCCUUGUCGGUUAUGAUCGUUGGCUUGUUGCUAAUGGCUGUGGUAGCCCACAAGCAUGGUUGGAGUCUAUGCUUUGCUAACGCGCAACGCUAAUCCCAGAACAUGUGGUCAAGCGUGUAACGCCCAGGAUGAAUGACCUCAUGAAUGAGGCCAUCGCAGAGCUACCGUUUUGCCCGUGUGGAACAGCUUCUAAAGUCCCCGCACUAAGCUAAGGCUUUGCCCGAAACAGCGGGAGACCAUCAAAGGUGCAGUUGUUGUUGCCUCGUUUCAUGCUACACCAACAACUAUCUUGGGAAGAAGAGUUGAACCACGAUGAUGCGCUCGUCUGUGAACCGUCAGAACCGCAUCGUUAAAGCGGCGAACAAAGACGAUGAAACGAAGAACGAUGAUACCACCAAGUUCGCGAUUAUAUCAGCCAAAGAUUUCAAGCCAGGCAACGAGGGAGAAGUGUUGGAAUCUGUGCACGCCUUGUUGUACUCUUCUGUUGGAAUCUUGACCCACAACAUCAAUACGGCAGCUGACAGGACGUCGUCGUGGCUCUCCUGUCAGAAUCCACGCAUGUCUGAUAUCAUGGAAGAGAAAAUGUGUGACGAUGUCAGUCUUUUAGGGAGAAACGGUGGAGACCUGGAUGGAGUAGUGGAAUCCAUGCAGAAAGCUCUGGAAAUCAUGCAAAGGUAUCAGGCCAAGGCUCACAAGGCGGCGAAAGAUUUUCUCGAAGAACAACAUGCCAAGAGCAUGUCCAAACAACCCAUCCCCUCCAACCUUGGGGAACGAGUGGCCCAGGCGGACAAAGAAGGUGGGAUGUGGAGUCUCAGAGACGUCAAAGAUAUGUCAACUGCAGAGUUCUUUCUUGGAACCUUAAUGCCCAACCAAUCCACUGAUGAAUACCCUGAUGGCAGCGAUCGCCUCUUUCCCAAUUCGCCCCUGGGUCCGACUACGGAUGCUUUUCUCGGAUCACUUUCAUCGUUCCUGAGAGGCACACCGUCUUCCAAUGGAAAGAACAAAAAACGGUUGAUGGAUUCCAAACUGGAGUACCUGAGGAAUGUCGAGUCUGUAUCCCAGGCGUGUCAUACGCAAAUCGAGGAGUUGGACACAAUCCUGAACAACCCAAGUAUUGCUGCAUUGUACGAAAUUCACGAAAACAACACCAUGAAUAGCGUGCUGACGAAAGAUGUGGAAGAUGAAGCUGCUCAACAUCCACAGUUGAAUGAGACCGCAAAGUCCUACAUUCGGGAAGCUCGAGACAAGCUAGCCAAAUAUGCGGCCAUAGCUGAAAAGAUUCUCAAGGAUGAGGUGAAGUGCAUGGUGACGGCAUAUGCCUGUAUCCCGGAGAAAUGUGGCGAAAAAGAAGCCACAGCAGCAGCCCCCGAAGAAACGGAAAAUGACGGUCUCUUUUUCGAAAGCCUCCGACAGCAUUUCGACAGUGAUGCGUACAACAUUGACUUCAAGAGUUACCUAGCCACAGAAAACAGCGGGGUGAUGCAAAUGAUGCUUUUGAACACAUUGCAUUCUUCCCUCUUUCUCCGAAACGUUGGCGACAAGUGCCAGAAGCGCAUCCGACUGCAUGUCGGCAAAGAAGUCAGUGUGUCAAUUUGCAAAUUGGUCAUGACGAGCCUCAUGAGUGGCAAGAAAGAUCACCGCAUCACCGAGUGGGGUUCUCUCUUGUGCGCCCGCCAUGUACGAGCAUUGCAUGCCUACGCUUAUGAAUUUUGUCGAUCCACCGAUGGGACUCGAGAUCUGUUGUCCAAAGUGGAAGUGUCCACCCUGGACGCAGCGCCGAUGGACUCGAAUUGGGAAAGACUCUUUUGUGCUUUGGAUGUGCUGAAACUGGAGCGGCUCGACGACUAUGACAGUUCCAAGCUGCACUCAUUGUUCCCAGCCAGUGACGCUGCCAAAAUAUUGCGUCUUCGUACAGAGUUUGAGGAUGAUGAAAUAGACGCUGUCUUGCAACCACAAAAGCUGGGUGCCACAAAAAAGUAAUGAUUGGGAAAACUUACGGUAAAGGAUUGGCGGUUUCUUCCAGCAAGCAAGCCCUGAGAUCACGACUUUGUGAUGCUUAUCACAGGCGAGGAAACGCCUGAAAAAGGAAUAUUGGCUACAUAUAACGAUAACAUUAAAAAGACACAAUUGCAUGUU